AAAGAGGGAAAAAGUGAGGAAAAGCUUGGAUAAUUAAGGAACUUGUAUAAGGUGAUUCAAGAGCUUUCAAGAAGUUGAAAGAGUCAUCGGAGCUAUCGCCGGAGUUCAUCAAAGUUCGUCGGAGUUUCGCCGGAGUUCAACCGAGAAGGGUAGAACUUCAUAGUGCUAAGUCGAGGUUGAAGCUCAAGCUUGCUAUUCUCUGCCCAACCUACUCCUCAAUCUGUCAAUUGUCACUCACACCUGAAAAUUUCUCUAUGUAUAGAAGGAUACCUAAACUUGCACAAAGACGUUUUCAAGUUGACCUAAGUGACAUUAAGUGUUUCCCAAUGUUGAUCCCGAUUGUCCAUAAAAUUGGGAAACGUAUGUUGCUGACCAAGCAACACUGUCCUGAUAAAGAUGGCUUCUUGGAAGUGCUUGUUUCUCUUACGGUUGAAGAGAUUGUUUGGCGGCCGUAUGAAGGAAUCAUUUUGCCUGAUCCCUAUGAAGCAUAUAAGAUAUUGGGCCGUUCAAUCACUACUGCAAUAUGUGAUGAAUUUGCGGCUAAUCACAUGCCCUAUCAAUGGCCCAUGCAACACUUUGAGGGGGUCCAACACCAAGAGGUGUUUACCACUGAAGUAAGUCACAUCAUCCUCCCUAGUGUGCUAUCCCGAUCUAAGAAGAAGGCUAACAAUGAUCAAAAGGCUGAAUGGUCUUCUAGUUGGGACAAACAGGGGAAUCAGAUUUUACAGUCACCAAAUGGUACCCCUAAAGCCCCGCUUCUCUCUUGGGACAAUCUUAAUGUUUCGAGAACAGCCAAGCCUUCCCCUUCUUCAAGAAGCGG